CUUUAGCAUACGCAUCCCAUCACAUGUGUGCAAACCAGCGCCGGCUGCGGAUCAUCCAACAGUUUACCUGUGCUGGCUGUCCCCUCUCCUGGCCGCCGGUGGCUGUGGCAGAGACUGUCGAUAAGCUUCAUAGAGACGACCAUCGGCAAGGUUAAGGAAUCUCUGACGCCAUGGUGCCGUCGGCCAAGACCUGCCACAGGCUGCUCCUCUUUCCCACCGCUUGCAUGUUCGUCCUCUUCUUGUUGUGGAUCGCGCAGACCGAUAUAGACGAGAAAGAGUCGAGGUUAUCGGUAAUCAUCAGUCGCCUUAAACGCCCAGUGGACAUUUUUGUCUUCAAUAAUGAAGGAAACCAGACUCUCAGCGCAGUAGACAUUACUCCGUAUAUGUGGACGGAAAAUGCAACGCAAAAGCAGACUUAUGCUUCCAGAAAUACAUCUAACGGAUCUAUUUAUGGUGACAGAUAUUCUACAACUGAAGCAGUGUAUACUGAAUCCGUGCAAGACGAUGGUGUGGAUGAAGAUUUUCUGCGUGAAAGAGAAAAGGUGUUCAGCGAGAGGCGGCAGCGCAUAGAAAAGGUUUGUCAGCAGAUGGGUCCUGUUGUCACCUAUGGCUCCGUGGAGAAUACACCGCUCAGUCGUUUACGCUGGCUCAACGCCCGCAGCCUUAUCAUGUGCUUCAAUGCGAAGGUGGGCACAAGUAGCUGGAGCCAGUACCUGCUGGACGUGGCCAAACCAGGCUUGGUGAGCACGUUGAAGAACAUUCAUAGUGCUGCAGCUCGGUUACUUGUGCCCCCUUUCGGUCAUAGCAGUCCCAUGUUCCUAAUGCUGCUAAAUAAUUACAAGAAGAUCAUGAUCGUGAGACACCCGUUCGCUCGCGUGGUGUCGGCUUACUUAGACAAGAUAGUCGGAGGGGAGUUCUGGAAGUUAUCAAAAAGUAUCAUCAGAAUUUAUCGGCCGCGCUCCUCGCCGUUGACGUCUAAAAUACCCACCUUCGAGGAGUUCGUCAAAUUUUUGAUAUCAGAUAUUCCCCUCAAGGACGACAUCAAGAAGAAGCAUCGUGGUGUUCAAAACAUUCACUGGAUGCCCUUCUACGCCAACUGUGCCCCUUGUGAUAUCCAUUACGAUGUCAUUCUUAACAUGGAAACCAUUGAGGACGACACGAGGUACAUUAAUCAUCAGUUCCGUCUGGGCUUGAAACAACAACUGCAGAUGAACCACCAUGCGCCCAACUCAUCGGAGUCCAGCGCUCUUAACUUAUUCAAGGAAUUGCCCCACGACCUCAUCAUGGCGCUUCACAAAAGAUACCGCGUCGAUUUUGACAUGUUUGGGUACAGCACCUACCCAUUCCUCCCGGAAGCCUAACCUAUAGUGCUGGCCGCUACGAGAACUGUGCACCGUCGGUAUCCUCCUCCUGCAAAAUUAAGCUGUGAUUUAUCUGCAUACGGUGUAAUUUACUUGGUAAGAUUUAAUUUAGCAGAACUUCCAAA